AUGAACCAAGUAAGCAAUAUUUUACUUGACAAAGAGAUGAACCCUAAAAUUUCGAAUUUCGGUUUGGAUUGUACUUUAGAAGAACAUCAAGCUGAAAUGACAACCUCGAGGAUUGUUGGGACAUAUGGUUAUAUGUCUCCAGAAUAUACCAUUCAUGGUAUAGUCUUAGUUAAGUCAAACGUGUUUAGUUUUGGAGUUGUUGUCCUAGAGAUUCUGCAUGGAAGAAGAAGCUAUAGUUUUUGUAGCCCUCAGGAGUGUGAAGAUUAUAGUGCUCUUGACCCUCUUAAGCGUGUCUGGAAGAUGUGGAACGAAGGAAAAGCCUUAGAAUUUUUAGAUAAAUCAAUGAAGGAUGAGUUUCUAGCAGAUGAAGCACUAAGAUGUAUACAAGUUGGACUUUUAUGUGUCCAAGAUCUACCUGGUGAUCGACCAACAAUGCAAUCAGUGCUAGGGAUGUUGGAAGGAGAAGUUCCGUCGUUGCCACAACCAUUACCACCUCGUGCAUAUGUUAAAAAAGAAACAUAUUCUAGUUCGAAGAUGAGCACUCACAUCAACGCUACCAAUGAGUUUGAAGGUGUCUUUCAUAUGAUUGUCAACAAAGAAACAUCAUUAAUCUUAUGA